AUGAGCGUCUCUGGCAUCGUGCGCCCGCGCUUCGUGUACGCCGGGGCGGGCUCCACACUGCAGUUCCCACUGGGCCAGUCGCCCUUGCAUACGUCCGAUCCGUCGACUGACUCGUCAGCGCUUGAGGGGCGUCUCCAGGAUGCGUAUUUCGUGGCCCCAGCCUCGCACAUCGGCCGUGUCGUCACGGGUGUCGUGUUCGUCGCCGAACAGAGUCGCGUGAGCCGCGCAUUCGCUUCAGGCACCAGCGCCACUGACCGCUUUGGCCUCACUGCCAUUUCGUUCGCUGACAAGCUGGCGGAGCAGGGCUACAAGGUGCUGGUGCUGGAUCUGUUCCAGGAGGGAAAGGCGGACACCAACACGCAGGAGCAUGCGGCGAUCGUGCAGCAGGCAGCGCUUUAUCUCAAGCACAAGCAUGACAUUCAGCGCGUAGGUCUCUGCGGCGAGGGAGCAGGCGCCGAUCUGGCGAUCAAAGUGGCUAUGGAGAAGUCUGCUACCAUUGACUGCGUCGUCGCCAUGUGUCCCAAGGGUGCAGUGUCCUGGAAACCCAUAGGAGAAUCGGACGGUGCAGAUACAACAGAGCCGCCUAUUAUCCCUCUAUUGCUACAGCUCGGCGAGAAAUCUUCCUACGCUGCAUCUGACGCAUACCAGACGUUGUUGUGCUCGUGUGCAGCGAACCCACAGGCUGCCACGGCCCUCAAGGCGUCGCUAUUCGUGAACCAGCAAAGCGGCUUCGCGUUCUCCAACAUCACGGAUGAAGACGCGGCGACGCAAGCAAUCGCAGAGAUUCUAGACUGGCUUGUGCAGCACCUGCAUCGCUUCCAGAUGGCUGCGGCUACCAGCGAUACCGACCCGUGGUGGCCUCAAGGCCGCAACGGACCUUUCUUCAACGUGGGGCUACGCACAUGGCAGGAAUCGCGUGCGACCUGGCUAAUGGCCACACAAACGCGUCCGCCACGUCCGCCUCCGGUACCUGCUCACUUGCUGUUCGACGGACUAUCGUCGGUGCGUCGGACUUUCGAUCUACCGCAGCGGAUGCGCCUUGGUGAUGUCAUUGAACUGUUCGCCGAGAUCUGGGAAGUGCAGCAAUAG